AUGAAGCCGAGGAAGAGUGAGGAACCGCUCCCGGGUCGAGCGGCGGCUCUGAUCCUUGUCCUCUGCGUCUCGGGGAUGAGAGCAGAAACCGUUCGGUACUCUGUGCCCGAAGAGGCGGGGAGAGGCUCUUUUGUGGCGAAUAUCGCUAAGGAUUUGGGGCUAACCGGUGAGGAAUUAUUGGCUCGUCAGGCUCGAGUCGUUCCUGAAGGAGAAAAGCAGUAUUUACAGCUGAACCAGCACACCGAGGACUUGGUGGUGAGAGAGCAGAUGGACCGGGAAAAGCUGUGCGGACAGAGCGAGCCCUGCUUGGUGCGUUUUGAGGUGCUGCUGGAGAGCCCACUGCAGUCCUUCCGAGCUGAGGUAAGAGUCACCGAUAUAAACGAUCAUGCUCCUAUGUUCUUAAAUAAAGAGAUUGUUUUAAAGAUUUCGGAGUCGACAAUGCCGGGGACUCGUUUUUUGUUGGAAAGCGCUCACGAUCCAGACGUGGGGAACAAUAGCCUUCAGCAUUACAGUAUCAGCUCGAACGACUAUUUCCUUGUCUACACCCAGCGGCGGAGUGACGGCGGGAGGUACGCCGAGCUGCUGUUGGAUCGAGCCCUGGACCGGGAGCAGCAGGCAGAAGUUGCUUUCAUCAUCACGGCUGUGGAUGGUGGGAAUCCACCGCGGUCUGGCACAGCUUUAAUCCGCGUGGUAGUCCUGGAUAUAAACGACAACAUCCCGGUAUUUACUCAGAGUCUCUAUAAAGUCUCCGUAAUGGAAAAUAGCUCCCAGGAUACCUUAGUGGUCGUAGUGUCUGCUAGCGAUUUAGAUGCAGGUACCAACGGAGAAAUCGUCUAUUCCAUAGUUAAAAAUUCAGAGGAAAAUUUCGAGACAUUCAAAAUAAACCCAGAGACAGGUCAGAUUCGACUCAAAAAGGCUUUGGAUUAUGAAGAAACAAAAACCUACGAGAUAGAUGUUCAGGCCUUAGAUGGAGGGGGCCUGUCCACGCAUUGCAAGGUGGAGGUGCAGGUGAAGGACGUGAACGAUAAUGCCCCCGAGGUGAUCAUCACCUCGCUCACCAGCACUCUCUCCGAAGCCGCCCCUCCCAACACAGUGGUGGCCCUCUUCAACGUGCGGGACCGGGACUCGGGGGACAAUGGCAGGACGACCUGCGAGCUGACAGGAGAGCAACCCUUCAGGAUCACGCUGCUGGCAGGCGAUGCGUACGCGCUGGUGACAUCAGAGACGCUGGACCGGGAGCAGGUGGAGGAAUACAACGUGACGGUGCGAGCUCGAGACGAGGGCUCCCCCGCCCUCUCGGCAUCCAAGACUCUGCUCGUGCGGCUCUUGGAUGUGAACGACAAUGCACCCACCUUCACCCAGGCCAUUUACACCAUGGUGAUGAGCGAAAACGAGCCCGCGGGGAGGAGCCUGGGCCACCUCAGUGCCGCGGACCCGGAUGCGGGAGAGAAUGCCCGCGUGAGAUACUCGCUAGUGCCGCCGCCGACAGGCACCCUCGCCGCGGCAUCAUUCGUGUCAGUGGAGGCGGAGAGUGGAACCGUCCGGAGUUUGCGCCCACUGGACUAUGAGAAGGUCCCUGCCUUCGAGGUGACAGUGAGCGCAGCCGACGGCGGCUCCCCGCCGCUCAGCGCCCAGGCCGUGCUGCACAUCGUCGUGCGGGACGAGAACGAUAACGCGCCCGUGCUGCUGCACCCGCCCCCCGACAGCAGCGCGGCCGGAGAGCUGGUGCCGCGCUGGGCACCCUCCGGCUACCUGGUGGCCAAGGUGGUGGCGGUGGACGCGGACGCGGGGCAGAACGCGUGGCUGUCGUACGAGCUGGCCAAGGCCACGGAGCCGGGGCUGUUCCGCGUGGGGCUGCACAGCGGCGAGGUGCGCACGGCGCGGGCCGUGACAGAGAGGGACGCGGCUCGGCAGAGACUCAUCGUGCUGGUGCGGGACCGCGGGCAGCCGCCACGCUCUGCCACUGCCACUCUCGCCGUGGCACUGGUGGACGAUUUCUCCGAUGCCUUCCACCAGCUUGGCCACGAUCCUGCGAGCGGACAGCAGCCGCAGAUAGCCGAGGAAGAAAUGCUCACCACUUACCUCAUCGCUUCCCUGUGCUGCGUCUCGUCACUUUUCCUCUUGUCCGUCCUCGUCUUGACGGCGAACACGUUCUGCAAAGCUCGCGUCCGUGCAGAACUUCCUCCUCCCAGCUGCUACGCGGAUGGAGAUUUCGCCAGCGACGGCGUGGGCGUGGGCAGCACGGGUACUCUGUCGCCGGCUUACCGCUACGAAAUGUGUCUGACCAGCGGCUCGGGGAGGAGCGAAUUCCAGUUCCUGAGGCCCAUCCUGCCCAGCCUUCAUAGCAAUGCUGAGGCGGGACUGAACAAGGACGAGGAACCGCUACGCCACUCGCAGCCUGCCUGCGACAGGGAAGCCCAGGCAAGGAGCAGAGCCACUCCUUCUUUUUAG